AAAUAAUUAGUUGUAUAAUUUGUGUGAAAUGGGAAACAAAUUGCGAACGGCCAUUUUUAUUAUUAUUUUCUCCAUACGAUUUACGAAUUGAAGCAACUACUUUUCCAGCAUUCACCAAUUUCAUCAUCAUAGAUUUUCUCUUAGACGAAAUCCGCGAAAAUUGAUCUCCAUUGAAAAUCUCGGAUCAUGCUCUAGAACCCAGUUUAGAUCUCGUGGAAGACAAUGGGCCGGAUCUUCGAGUACUUCGUCGUCUGCGGACUGGGUCCGGAGAUGCGAACCCUGGACGGAGAUCUUGGAUUCCAUGGAUUGGAGACGUAUUACUUGCCUUCGCUUCUAGACCAGUUCCCUCCUUCUGAUCACUCUCUCUAUCCUCCACCUCCUCCUCAGCUUCCCACUUGUGUUCUUCCUGCUGGGGUAGGAUUCCAUUCUUCUGGGUUUGUUUCCAGUGACAAUACGAGUUUCCCACGGAGCUAUCCGAUAGUCUUGACGGAGGGUGAUGGAUCAAAAAUAUUUGUCAGUUGCAUUGCAUUUCGGGAUCGAGUCUGUGAGGAUAUUACUGAAGCUUAUCGCUUACCACCGAAUACAUACGCAGACAAGUGUAUCUGUAUUGUGUCUCACGCCCCCAAUUUUCGUGCUCUUCGGGAUUCUCUCGAAGAGAUUUUUGUUCUUUGCUUCUCCACAGAAGGAAGCUGUAAACCAUUGUGGGACAUUAUCGCAUAUAUGGUAUCCAAUGUGCCAUUGCCAACUCCCGGAAAAGACAGAGUCUUGUUUGCUGUCGAGAAUUGCCUACUCUCGGCGGAAGCACCUCCAGAGGACAGUCUUCCUCAGGCAGAUAUAUCUCUCCAACCUCUUGUACAGUGCUUGGAUGUCGACAACUUGAUUAAGCUGUUUACAUCUGUACUAGUUGAAAGGAGGAUUUUGCUUCGAUCUAACAAGUAUUCGCUCUUGACUCUGGUGUCGGAAGCCAUAUGUCAUUUGAUUUAUCCUUUCCGAUGGCAGCAAGUCUACAUUCCAUUACUAUUUUUUAGUGGAGUAGACUACAUUGAUGCACCAACACCUUAUAUGAUGGGUCUCCACUCUGAUGUCGAUACUUCCAAUCUUGCUAUGGAUGGCGUUGUAGUGGUGGAUCUUGAAUUUAAUCAAAUCACUACUUCUGAGGAGAUACCUCCGAUACCAGAGCCCGAGUUCAGCUCUUUGCGAAACGACAUCUUGAAACUACUGCACCCUAAUGUUGUGGGGAUCGAUCACUUGAAGGGCUUUGGUAAUUCUGUUGAGCAGUGCUCUAAAAGCCUUAGCAAACCUUGGGGAGAGGAUCAUGACCUUCAACUCAGGGUUAUAUUCUUAAAGUUUUUUGCAUCUAUCUUGGGUGGCUAUCGCAAUUUCAUAGAAAACAAAGUUUUUAGCACUGAUGCGUUUCUGAAGAGACGGUCUCGAUCCACCAAUCAGCCACCGGAGCCUAUGUUGGUUCAAUUCCUGGGCUCUUUUGCAUUCCUCGAUUACCUUGAAAGGCGUCUAGACUCUGAUGAGAACAGUACUAAUCUUCUCGAGAAGUUACAAGAUGCAGUUGGAAGGGGUCAAGAUGCAAUGUCAAUUCUGCCUAAAUCUUCUAUGGAGCCUGAGAUAAUCACAAUAGCUGAGCCAGAAGUCGAAGAAUCAGCAACCAGGUAUACCUAUGACAGGUUUCCUGCGAAUGUUAGGUCAGAGGAACAAGAAGAAAAGCGUAAGCAAAUCCUCGCAGCAGCAAGCGGGGCUCUUGAAUCCAAUGGAAGGCAUUCUCCAAGCUCACCGCCAGGGAAGAACACCAAAGAAGACAGUUUUAGUUCAAAGGAGAGGGCUGCAGAGAGAGAACGAAUGGUCUUGGAUAUAAAAGUGAAGUUGCAGGGAUUAUGGCUCCGUCUUCUGAAACUUGGUUCAACAGAAGAUCCCCUUUCUUCAUUUGAAUACGGCACGAUAUUGGCUCUCAUCGAAUCUGAUGCUGAGGGGAUUGGUGGGAGUGGCUUUAUCGAGUGUAUAAGAGAGCAUUUGAAGUCGGGCUGGCAUGGUGGCUUGACUGAGGAGCAGUUCAUUGCGGUCAAAGAAUUGCUCAAAAUGGCUGUCAACCGUGCUGCUUCAAGAAACGAUUUAUCGACAGUUCAGUACGCACUUGAAGUUUCUGCAGAAAUGUUCAAGAAGGAUGCCAAUAAUGUCUCAGACUAUGUUCAGCGUCAUCUCAUCUCCAUACCCAUCUGGGAGGAAUUGAGAUUCUGGGAAGGUUACUUCGAGUAUCUCAUGGAGCAGCCUGCAAAUGAAUCAGUGAACUAUGCUACUUUGGUCACAGCCAGACUAAUCAUAGUGGCAUCACAUAUGGCUGGCUUGGGACUUCCUGAUACAGAGGCUUGGAAUAUGAUAGAGACAAUAGCAGAGAAGCAAAAACUUGGAUACAAAUUACUGAUUAAACUCAGAGGGUUCUUGUCGCAUGUUCAGCAACUUCGUGUCGGCUACUGGGGCGCUUCUUCAUUUAAGCAGCAGUCCAUAUCUGCUGGGUUACCAUCCCCACGUCCAAAAGCAGAUGCCUCUGAUGAAACCCAGCAACCUGCAGAAGCUUCUGGAAGGAGUUGGGUUCAGAGUAUGUUUAGCAGAGAUACAGCCUCAAGAGCGAACUCGUUCAGUCGUGUUCGUAAGUGGGUUUCUGAUAAUGCUUCCUCAGACAUUACUGCUGCUGCACAGAAGAAAAUUCAGACCAAUGUACGUGUUCUGAAGGGUCACAGUGGUGCUGUCACCGCCUUGCAUUCUGUGACUAGAAGGGAAGUCUAUGAUCUUGUGGGCGAUCGCGAGGAUGCUGGGUUCUUUAUCAGUGGCAGUACAGAUUGUCAGGUUAAAAUCUGGGAUCCAAGUCUGCGUGGUUCUGAACUUCGAGCGACCCUGAAAGGACAUACUGGAACCGUUCGUGCUAUAAGCUCUGACAGAGGAAAGAUAGUUUCAGGAUCAGAUGAUCAAUCUGUUAUCGUAUGGGACAAACAGACAACUCAGCUUCUAGAAGAACUAAAAGGCCACGAUGCACAGGUUAGUUGUGUGAAGAUGAUCUCAGGUGAACGUGUCCUCACUGCUGCACAUGAUGGAACAGUUAAGAUGUGGGAUGUGCGAACUGAUAUGUGUGUCUCAACUGUUGGCCGAUGCUCAAGUGCCAUUCUUUCGAUUGAAUAUGAUGACUCCACAGGAAUCUUGGCUGCUGCUGGCAGAGAUACGGUCGCGAAUAUAUGGGAUCUUCGUUCAGGAAAGCAGAUGCAUAAACUGAAAGGGCAUACAAAAUGGAUACGAUCAAUACGAAUGGUCGAUGAUACCUUGAUUACCGGGAGCGAUGAUUGGACAGCAAGAGUGUGGUCUGUCUCCAGAGGAUCAUGCGAUGCCGUUUUGGCAUGCCAUGCUGGGCCAGUACAAGCUGUUGAAUAUUCCUCAUUGGACAGAGGAAUAAUCACAGGCUCGGCUGAUGGAUUGCUCCGAUUUUGGGAAAAUGAUGGCGAGGGCAUUAAAUGCGUGAAGAACAUAACGCUCCAUAGUUCGUCUAUACUAUCAAUCAACGCCGGUGAACAUUGGUUAGGCAUUGGAGCAGCAGAUAACUCAAUGUCUCUGUUCCAUCGUCCUUCUAACGCCGGAAACAAAGUCUCAGGCUGGCAACUUUAUAGAGUACCACAGAGAACAGCCGCAGUGGUGAGAUGUGUUGCCUCGGAUCUCGAGAGGAAAAGGAUAUGUAGCGGUGGCCGGAAUGGAGUUCUUCGGCUGUGGGAUGCGACCAUCAACAUCUGAUAUGUCUUCCACAACUUUGUCUAUUUCUGUGUAUCUUUUGUAUUUUGUUGUUUCCUUAUCUGUUUGCUUUUAUGCCCUUUUGAGGUUUGCGGAUGAAGAAAAUUUUGUCUGAUUUUGCUAUCCAUAGCUAUCAUCAAUCUUGCAGACAUUGAGACGUACACAAAACAGCUCUUCCAUGCAAAAUACAGUUUCGUCUUUUUGCAUAUUAAAAAAAUUAUAUAAUUUUUUUGGUUAAAUUGUUUAUGACUCCACU